UCGCUGCUCUUCAGUGAGGCGUUCAGUGUUUGCUGGUCGGACGCAGAACGGGCAGAUGCGCAGCGCAGGCAUGUGCUCGUCCGAGCGCCGUAGAUCAUGUGAAGAGACGAAACCGAGGGAUUAAACUCAACACUGACGAAGUGAACACGGAGGAAAGUUUGGGCCAAAGCAGCAAACGUCGCCUGAAGGGAAAGCGUUUCGCCAGUUCGCUCCAGAGGCCUGAGUGCCAUGCCAGAGGGGUCCCACCCUGAUCUCCACCAGCGCCCGAUGGGGGAAGAAUCUCCUCAGCCGUCCUCGUCCCUGUCCACCUCUCCUCCCCAUGGAGACGUGGACCUCAGCCCUCGCUGUUACAGGCAGCGCGUGGAGCCUGUGGACGCAGAGCGCCAGCGCCCGCUGAGCCUGGUGUCCACCCUGUCCUCCGGCUCGUCCCGCGACAGCCACAGCCUGUUCGAGAGCGGCGCCGGGCCGCCCGGACCCAGCGAGGACGACAUAGACCUGGAGCUGAGCCCGCCGGGCACCGGGGACCAGAACCCGCCGGGCGCCGGGGACCAGAACCCGCCGGGCGCCGGGGACCAGAACCCCCCUGCCCGCAGGGGGCGCUGGCAGGAGCGGCUGCAGCUCAGAGUGAGCGACAGCGCGGCCUCACCCGUGGCCGCGGACGCCAUGGCGCCCAACCCCAGGCUGAGCCACGUGGACCGCGUUGUCAUGGAGAUCAUGGAGACGGAGCGCAUGUACGUGAGGGACCUGCGCAGCAUCGUGGAGGACUAUUUGGUUCACAUCAUCGAUAUGAGCAGCCUGCCGAUCCAGCCGGAGCAGGUGUGUGCGCUGUUUGGGAACAUAGAGGACAUCUACGUGUUCAACAGUGAACUUCUCCAGACCUUAGACAUGUGUGACAGUGACCCUGUGGCGAUCGCUCAGUGCUUCGUAGACAAGAGUGAAUAUUUUGAUAUCUACACCCAGUAUUGCACCAACUACCCAAACUCGGUGGCGGCUCUGACCGACUGCAUGAGGGACAAAACCUUGGCCAAGUUCUUCCGUGAGCGCCAGGCUGCUCUGAAGCGCUCCCUCCCGCUGGGCUCCUACCUGCUCAAACCCGUUCAGAGGAUCCUGAAAUACCACCUGCUGCUUCAGGAAAUAGCCAAGCACUUUGACCCGGAGGAGGAGGGCUACGAGGUGGUUCAGGAGGCCAUCGCCACCAUGACGGGCGUGGCCUGGUACAUCAACGAUAUGAAGAGGAAGCACGAGCACGCCGUCAGAGUGCAGGAAAUCCAGUCUCUGCUGAUCAACUGGAAGGGCUCUGACCUGACCACCUAUGGAGAGCUGGUUCUGGAGGGAAGCUUCCAUGUCCUACGGGCAAAGAACACUCGCACGCUGUUCCUCUUCGAGAAGAUGCUUCUCAUCACUAAGAAAAGAGGCGAAAACUACGUCUACAAGAUCCACAUCUCGUGCUCCACCCUGAUGCUGCUCGACAGCGCCAAGGACCCUCUGCUGUUCAGCGUCAUCCACUUCAAGCGGCCCAAACAGCCCCACACGGUGCAGGCGAAGUCGAUGGAGGAGAAGCGUCUGUGGGCUCAUCACAUUAAGAGGCUCAUCCUUGAGAACCACAACGCCAUCGUUCCACAGAAGGUGAAAGAUCUCGCACCGGCCGAUCCAAACAAUUCAGGAAAAUACCACUACAGCCCUGAGAGGCUGCAGAAGACGGAGUCAUGUCAGGGGGCCGACUUCCAUCGAGGGGCUCGAAAUGAGAGGAGGAGAUCGGAGCCUGCAAAACAAAUCGUGGGGAACGCGGCAGCUGUGCUGAAGCACGCAGACAGCGACGGGGCGCUGCUCGGGGACCGGUGCCGCCUUCAGCCGUCGGCCUCCGCUCUGGACCCGCCCCCCGCGGAGGCGCCGGGUGUGGACGCCUCCCUGGAGCUGCUGGGGCCCGGGGACGGGGAGGGGGGUCUGCAGGAGGAGCAGGGGGGGGGGCUGAUGGACGAGCAGGUAGCAGACUUUGCCAGCUCCGUGCUUGCAGCCAUCUCCUGCUGGCACUAUAGGGCCAGGGCUUUGCUUUCCACUCGCUUCACAACGGAGGACGUGAACGGCGACAGGGCUGAAGUGAAGGCUACUCCCACAGACACUCGCAGACAGGACGAAGAAUGUGAGGAUGUGGAAGCGCCUCCUGCCACGCAGGAGACGUGGCCUCUGGACUGUGGCCUCCAAGCGAAGACGAGUGAUCAGCUGGUGGAGCUUCACCCCGACUCCCCCGACCAACAGCAGGAGGUUCCAGAGCUUCAUGGCGUGUCUUUGGAACCAGGGGAGGAAGAGGAGCUGGGGAGCGACUCCUCCGGCCUCCAGGUAGAGGAGCGCAGCGUGCUGACCAACGGGGAGCUCUCGGAGGAGGAGGACAUGCACAGAGCGAGCAUCCUGCCGUCCUCCGUGCUGCACCGGGCCAGUGCCAUCGCAGAGCGCUGCAUCAGCGGCCUGCUGUCGGAGGAGCGGCCGGCCCCCAGCGGCCCCCCGCCCCCCGCAGACAGCGUCUCCUCCGUGGAGCCUCAGACGUCGGCCAGCUCCGCCCCGGAGCCGUUCACCACCCUGCUGGAUAUUUGUGCGUCGCUGGGACACGAGAGCCUCACGGAGCGGGAGCCCAGGUCCACGCUCUCCAGACGAGACCGCCUGCUCAUCUGCAAGAUCCGGACCUACUACGAGCACGCCGAACACCAGGACGCCAGCUUCAGCAUCAAGCGCAGGGAAAGCCUGUCGUACAUUCCAGCAGGUCUGGUCCGGCAGCUGAGCACACAGCUGAACAGUGGUCCUCAGGCUCAGCCCGGUUCAGGACGCAGGAAAAGCCCCUCCCGGAACCGGCCCACGUCCUGGUCCGUGUUUGAUCUUCCCGGUUUAGAGAAGACUACAAAUACAGAAUCUGACCAGAAAAGUGGAGCGCAGAUUCCAGCGGAAGCUCGAGCUCGCUCUCAGAGCGUCGCACACGGGUCGUCCACAGGAGACGUGUUCAGGUCGUCAUCAGAAAUGCUCGAGGUUUGGCAGGACAUGGAACCGGAGGAGGAGCAGCAGACAUGUAAUGACUCAGCGCGAGACGCGAUGCAGGACAUUAACGCGUCACACGGUGAAACGACGGGACCGCUGUCCUCCGACUCGGAGGGGACGGAAACGCGCUCACCCACAACCUCUCCAGCAGUGGAGGGACCUGAUCAGGAGUCCAACAAGAGUCCCCUCAGCCACAGCCAGCUACCGAAGAUCAUCAGCUUCCGAAGCAGCGUGGACGAGGACCACAUCCUUCAAGACAUGGGGAAGGUGAAGAACAAGGUGUUCCAGCUGGCGCGUCAGUACAGCCAGCGCAUCAAGAACAACAGGCCCGCGGCGUGGCAGCGGAGGGAGGGGGCGGGCCAGGGCUUCAGGAGCAUGCCCGCUGUGCACGAGGAGCAGACGCAGCCGAGGAGCAAGGAUGAGCCCGACCUGAGGUUGAGCAGCUGCCUCCAGGCGGCCGUCGGCGAGGCGCUCCAGACCCCCCGCUGUGAGUGCGCAGCCACCGGCCCACAGUCGCCGCAGCCCGACGCGUUCCACUGGCCCGACGUGCAGGAGCUGCGCUGCAAGUACGCAGAGCCGGCCCGGCCCCGAGUGGGCCGCAGCCGCACCGUGCCCAACGGGGCGCUGGAGCGCUCGGCGAACGGCGGCUCGCUCAAACACAGCAGCGCCUGCGACCUGCGGCCGGACCCGGACCCGGACGCUUCCAGGACACGGGGCGAGCGGGCGUUGAAGGGCAGGCGGCCUUCAGUGGAGGACUGGCCUCAGACCAGGCAGCAGCCCCUGCUGUGCAGGUGGAGCUCCCUGGACCACAUGCUGGGCUCUCUGCCCCUCCAUGAGGUCCAGAACCUCCAGGAACCCAAAAAGACCUCUGCUGCAGACGGCGACGCCAGACUCGAGGGCCUCGAGGCCACAGGGAAGCCUGCGGGCACGACUUCAGGGAAGGUGUCAGAAAGUAAACUAGUGAAAAGCUUACGGGACAAGUUUCAGAGCUUAAGCUCGAGCUCAUGAAUAUGUGACGCGUGCGGAGUCUUAAUGAAUGUGUCUCACUGCCUGGAACGUCUCUAACACAGGACACGACUUCAGCACUGGGGAAACUGAGCGCUGAUGCAGGCACCGGCGGAGCGAGCUCUGGUUGGUGCAGGGAAACGUAAAUAGUGUAUGCAGUAUUUGUACACAGGGCGUUCACCUGAGCGGUACGAUGUUAGAUUAAUGUGGGGAAGAUGCGGCUCCAUGUAUGUUGUCCCAUGUUCCAUCAUGUGCUCGGGUCCAUGUCCUGGUCGUGUUGAUGCGUGUGGCGUUUGCUGCAGCUGCUUUUGGAACGACGUCACUGGAGCUUUAAUUUCCUCAACCAGUUGUAUAUUUUCUUGAUUAUUUAUAAAUUUGUAUAUUUGAGAAGCAUUGGAAACAUCAUGUAGAUGGAGAGUAGGAAAAUAUAUUGUUUCAUACUUUUCAAUAAAAACAGAAAUUCUACGUUUA